CAACGCUGUUGACAGUAGAAAUUUCAUUGUAUAUAAACAAAAAUCAAGUGUCUAACAUUUUAUUUGUUUAUUUAAUAUAGCAAUAAAUAAAAUUUUAGUAAAAAUGUCGUUUAAAAGUGUUAAAAGUAAUGAUUCUGUCUCACAAAAAUGUGGUGAAAUUAUAAUUACAAUGAAAAAGAAUGCCAAAAAUGUUUAUUCUUUCAAUUGUUGGUUUUGUGACACCAUUUGUGUACAAAUGAAAAAGUUCACUUUGCAUCUUGAACAGGAACAUAUUACCCAGUUGGAACAGGCAACAGCUAUUGUUACUGAUACUAAUAAUGAAGAUAAUCUCGAUGAUAAAUCAGACAUACAAAAAGAACCCGCUAUUGAUAGUAUAUUUGUCGGAGAAAUUAAAAUUGAGGAUUGUUUUAAUGAUGAUGGUAAUAUAAAAUCUGAAAUAGAAGAGGAAAAAUCUCAAAUUGUAACUAGGUUUCAUAAAAAGGAUCAAUUGAUGCAAAAUUCCCAAGACCCACUAGAAGCCUUUGAAAGUAAUGCUAAUGAAGAUUUUCUACCUGUUUCACUAGAAAACGAUAAUGAAAUAUUUAAAAUAGAUAACACGCAUUUAAAAGAUGAAUCUCAAUUCGAGAAUGUGGAAAUGAAUAUGUUAUCAGAUGAUGAACAACUCGAAAACAAUUCUGAUGUCAGUGAAAACGAUAAUGAUAGCGACAGUGAUUUCAAAAUGAAGUGUAGUAGUGAUGAAAAUUUAAUAGAACCCCUAAAAUAUAAUAGAAAUGAUAAAGAAAAAGACUACAUUUUAGCACUUAUUGAAGCUUAUAACCAAAAGCCCCAACUCUGGAAUACAUUAUUACCCAAGUGCAAUAAUGUUCAAAGAGAAAUGCUAUUUCAAAAUAUAACUGAUGAAUUGAAUCAAAAACUAAAGAGGAAUUUGAAAUUAUAUACGAUAAAGAAUAAAAUAAAGGAUAUAUGCAAGAAGUACGAAAAAGAAAUCAAAAGACAAUUGGAAGCGGGUGAUAAAAACAUUGAAACAAAUAAUACUGAAUUAUGGUUUUAUGAAAAUAUGAAUUUUUUGAAAACCACAAUUGAAAGCAAAUUAAAACAGAAAAGGAAAAAAACAUAUCAUAAAGUGAAACCCUUAAGCGAUGAUUUAUUAUGCGAAAUAAUAGAUGUUUACAAGACUUACAGUAGUUUAUGGAAUGUCAAUCAUGUAGCCUACCCCAUCAAACAAAAACGUGAUGAAUCUUUGCAAUCUAUGGUGGAUGAUGUUAAAAAGAAAAUUGAUAUUCCUUUAGAUGUAGAUAAACUGGAAAAACAACUGCUACAUAUACACAAUUCAUUUUCCAAAGAUAAAGAAGUCAAAUUGAAAUGUGAAGCCAAACAUGUGGGUUUUCGACCCACUUGUUCUUUCUAUAAUAAAUGUGAUUUUCUAGAAGAACAUCAAGGACCAUUUAAAUGCCCAUAUUGCAGUGAAAUCCAUAUGCAAUAUAAAGAUUUUCAAAUACACAAAUCGCAACACGAUGGAUCCAUACCAUUUAAGUGUCAAGAAUGUGGCAUGGGAUUCAAGGCAAACGGCAAUUACACAUUACAUGUAAAACGCCAUUUGGGAGUUUUUCGAUAUCGUUGUAAUAUUUGUGGCAAGGGAUAUCCCUUAAACUCUGAACUGACACUUCAUAUGCGUUCACAUACCGGCGCCCAACCGUAUUUGUGUUCUAUAUGUGGAGAAGGAUUUCGUGCUGCUAUUGGUUAUGAUAAUCAUAUGCGUCGACAUGAAGAAAGAUUUCGAUAUCAUUGCCAGAUAUGUAAAAGAGGAUUUAAUGUUUUAGCAACCCUUAGAGAUCAUGUUAAUGCCCAUCUUAAUGUUCGAAAUUUCGUUUGUAAGGACUGUGGUAAAAGUUUUACAUCUAAAAAGUAUCUACAAUAUCACAGCCGCAUUCAUGGUAGUAAAAACUAUACAUGCAACAUUUGUGGGAAGAGUUAUGCACAGGAUGCUGGUUUAAGGCAGCAUAAAAGACACAUGCAUGCCACAAGAAUUCCUAAAAGUUAAAGUUUAGUUAAUAGCUAAUUUAGCUUAAAAUUUGUAAGUACAAUUAAUUUUAUAUUUAUACAAUAAAAAUAACUAUUAUAACGAA